UCGAAUUUGCGCAAUAAAACAUUUUAUCACAACUGUCAGGUGGUUCGAUUAUGUCAGAUGUAAUAAUUGUGUUAAUAGUUAAAUAAUAUACAUAUAAAUAGUGACACAGUAGUAAAAGACUUGUUUAUAAUCAUUUAUACUAGUUUUGUGUGCAAAUUAUAGCGUGCAAAAAAUUUUUUUUCAACAUAACCUCAAAAAGUCAUUUUUCGGUUUUGCGAUUUUUUUCUUGUAAUGGAUGAAAGAUUAUGUCUGCUGCCGAGAUAGAAGGACAUUUGAGAAGAUUCAAUAUUGACAGUGCCAUCAGUGACCCCACAGUUAAGAUAAGAGGCCUGGAUGAUUAUCCAGUUCUGAAGUCUUUUCUGGCAGGUUCUUUCUCAGGAACGUUCAGUGCGAUAUUGUUUCAACCGUUGGAUUUAGUUAAAACGAGGUUGCAGAACACUCCACAAAGUUCUACUUGUCCUCGAUCAUGUGGAAUGGUAACAGUUUUAACGACAAUUCUAAAGAAAGAACAAUUAUUAGCACUUUGGACAGGAAUCACACCUUCCAUAACACGAUGUGUUCCUGGUGUCGGCCUGUACUUUUCAGCCUUACAUUGGCUGAAAUCACAGACACUUGUGAAUGAAAAUGUAAACGAGCCAACCCCAUUGCAAGCGGUUGCUCUUGGGGUUGCUGCAAGAACCAUGAGUGGGGCUGCCCUUAUACCAAUCACCGUAAUUAAAACCAGAGAAUUCAUUAUUGGUGUAAAUGUAAUUAGUGGUGCAUGGCAUGUGAUAUCUCGAUUCCAAAUCAACUAUAAAGCGCUAUAA